ACGAGUUGAAAAGUCAUAGGAAGAACGUUGUGGAAGGGUGGAGAGAAAUAUUAUAAUAUUUGGCGGCGGAAGAGAUUAGUUUCAAUUGCCUUGAGGACUUGGUGCAUUCUGGAAUUGGGAAGAGAGAGAAAAUAGUUUUACUUCCUGUGAACUUUAGCAUUCUUUUGCUCAUCAGCCUGGAGGAUCAAUGAAAGCUAUUUCUGUCUUUUCUCCUCCACGGUUUUUUUCCUUGUCUUGUGAGAAAAGAGAAACAAUAGGGGAGGAGGCAUAUUUUUCAAAAAUUGUAAAGGAACAAAAUGGUAAUUUUAAGAUAAGGAUUAACGUUUUCCUAAUUUAUUAGAAGCGUUUUUCAAAGCAGAUCAAAAGAGGCUUAACAUUUCUGUUGUCUUUUGCAAUCAUGUUGCUAAGGGGACACACACUUAGAAGCAAAGUAUGUUCUAAAUUGUUGGGCUGUCUUAGCUUGUCUGCAUUGAGGCAGAGUUUGAGUCUACGGCCGCUGAGUAGAAAGUUCCACGUUUCCUGUCAAAGAUGCUCAACAAUGCCUUCCUGGGUGAUUGACCGCUAUGGGAAAAAUGAUGUACUUCGAUUCACAAGUAAUAUGACAUUUCCUGCAAUUCGUCUCCCUAAUGAAGUUAUUAUUAAAGUUCACGCUGCAAGUUUAAAUCCCAUAGAUGUUAACAUGCGAAAUGGCUAUGGAGCUUCUGCUCUAAGAGUGAAACGAGAUCCGUUGCACAUAUCAGGAAAAGGCAACGAAUUUCCUCUAAUUCUAGGUCGAGAUGUUUCUGGGGUUGUUAUGGAAUGUGGACCGAGUGUUUCCUACUUCAAACCUGGAGAUGAGGUAUGGGCAGCAAUUCCACCUUGGAAACAAGGUACCUUGUCAGAAUUUGUUCUAGCAAGUGGAAAUGAGAUAUCAAGGAAACCGAAGUGUCUCACUCACACUGAAGCUGCGUCCUUGCCUUAUGUUGGUCUAACCACAUGGUUUGCCGUGUCCAAUGCUGGGGGACUUGAUGCAGAUAGUUGUCUCGACAAAAGAAUAUUGAUCAUAGGUGCAUCAGGUGGAGUGGGUACCUUUGCUAUACAGUUGAUGAAAGCUUGGAGUGGUCACGUCACUGCAGUUUGUUCUCAGGAUGCCAGCGAAUUGGUGAAACGUCUUGGAGCAGAUGACAUAAUUGAUUAUAAAUCGGGAAAUAUGGAAGAGCAGCUCAAAAAAUUACCCAUGUUUGAUUUCAUCCUAGAUAACGUUGGUGGAUCUACUGAAAACUGGGCUCCUAAUCUUCUCAGAAAGUGGUCAGGGGCCAGAUAUGUGUCUUUGGUCACACCCUUUUUAGUCAACAUGGACAGACUUGGCGUAGCUGAUGGCAUGCUACGGACUGGCAUCACUAUUGGUGCAAAAGUUUUGAAGCAUCUUUAUAACGGGAUCCAUUACCGAUGGUCAUUUUUUGCAUCAAAUGGUCCUCAUCUGGAUGAGAUUGCAACUCUUGUUAAUGCAGGGAAGGUAUGUCUAACCUGGCUAUUUCAUUUUUUGCUAUUGGAUGAACCCAUGAUAUUUUUGGUUCAAGCCUUUCUGCUAAUUUUAGCAGGAAAGCAACUCGCCACCAGGUGCCACUUUCUGCUGAAUAUUCCUAGUGGUGGGAGGGUUGUUUUAUUUUCCAUGGUGUACUAUCACAGCUUACCAGAAAAGAUGUCAUUUGCAGAAUGUGGUUCUCUAGCUUUUUAGUUCUCUUGGGCUUGACCCCUUCACCUUGAUGUCA